AUGACUUCUGGUGUCAAGAAGCUAGAGUACCUUUCCUUGAUUUCGAAAGUCUGUUCGGAACUCGAAACCAAUCUAGGGCAGCAGUAUGGGGACAAAGCCGUAGCAGAGUUCAUAUCAGAUAUGGGACGUAACAGCAAAAACGUGGACGAGUUCAAUGCCAAAUUGAAAGAAUUCGCAGAAUUCCCUGAUUACGUUGUCCGUAAUCUUCUUACUAUCAUUCACGCAGUUCUUGCUCCUGAGAAGAAACAGAGCUCUUCUAAAAGAGAAGAGUAUAAGCCUGGAGAUAGAAGUAGAGAAAGCAGAGUUAAGCCCAGAGAAAGAAGUAGAGAGAGAAGAGGUAAUAUGGAUCAGGAGUACAAUUCUGGUGAGCCGGAGCUGUACGGUGUUUAUAAGGGGAGGGUUUCGAGAGUGAUGGAUUCAGGUUGCUUUGUUGAGUUGAGUUCUCUUAGAGGGAAGGAGGGUUUGGUUCAUGUUUCGCAGAUUGAGAAGAGGCGAAUCAGUAAUGCAAAAGAUGUGGUGAAGAGGGAUCAGCAAGUUUAUGUGAAGGUGGUCUCGACUUCAGGUCAGAAGUUGAGUCUUUCAAUGAAGGAUGUUGAUCAGAAGACAGGGAAGGAUUUGCUUCCCAUGAAGAGGAGUUCGUAUCAUUAUGAUACUCGUAACUCGAACCCGUUAAUGUUAAAGGAUGGUUCUGUGAGUAGGGCUAGUCUUUCUGGGAUUAGGGUUAAGGAGGAGGAUAGAUAUGUUCAGCCUUCUAGACCAAGGAAGAGGCUAAGCUCCCCGGAGAGGUGGGAAAUCAAACAGUUGAUUGCUUCAGGCGUUUUGAAUGCUAAAGACCAUCCAGAGAUUUAUCAAGAUGAGGAAGUGGAUAGGAUAAUGAUGGUCUACAAAGACGAGGGACCUGAGGAAGAGCUUGAAAUUGAGCUCAAUGAGGAAGCCCCGGCCUUUCUGCAAGGGCACGACAUGUAUUCUGUGGACAUGUCGCCGGUGAAGGUCUUUAAAAAUCCAGAAGGCUCACUGAGCCGUGCAGCUGCACUUCAAUCUGCACUUAUCAAGGAGCGUAGAGAAAUGCGUGAUCAGCAACAAAGAGCUGUGCUGGAUUCUAUACCGAUGGACUUGAAUCGUCCGUGGGAAGAUCCAAUGCCAGAGAAUGGUGAGAGGCAGCUCGCACAGGCACUUAGAGGUGUUGGUUUGUCAGCUCCUGAGGUACCUGAGUGGAAGAAAGAUGCUUAUGGUAAAGCUAUUAGUUUUGGUAAGAGGUCAAGCCUUUCGAUUAAGGAGCAAAGGGAGAGCCUGCCUAUCUAUCAGCUGAAGAAACAAGUGAUUGAAGCAGUGAAUGAGAAUAGAGUAUUAAUUGUUAUUGGUGAGACAGGUUCUGGCAAGACAACACAGCUUACUCAGUAUCUUGCAGAAGCAGGUUAUACGACUACUGGUAGGAUUGGAUGUACACAGCCUCGUAGGGUGGCGGCAAUGUCAGUAGCGAAAAGAGUUGCUGAAGAGGUUGGUUGUCGAUUGGGGGAAGAAGUAGGUUAUGCCAUUCGUUUUGAGGAUUGCACUGGACCAGAUACUGUCAUCAAGUACAUGACAGACGGUAUGCUUCUGAGGGAGAUUUUGUUAGAUGAGAACCUUUCACAAUAUUCUGUGAUAAUGCUUGAUGAAGCUCAUGAGAGGACAAUCCACACGGAUGUUCUUUUUGGAUUACUGAAGCAACUUGUGAAGAGGAGACCAGAACUUCGUUUGAUUGUUACCUCUGCUACUUUGGAUGCAGCGAAGUUUUCAGAAUAUUUCUUCAAUAGCAACAUCUUCACUAUCGAGGGGAGAACUUAUCCUGUUAAAAUACUCUAUGUCAAGGAGCCAGAAAGUGAUUACCUAGAUGCUGCUAUUAUCACUGUUUUACAGAUUCACUUGGGAGAACCUGAAGGUGACAUCCUUCUCUUCUUGACUGGACAGGAAGAGAUUGAUUUUGCCUGCCAGAUUCUCUAUGAGAGGAUGAAAGCUCUUGGUAAAAAUGUACCCGAGUUGAUUAUCUUACCAGUUUAUAGUGCUCUUCCUAGUGAAAUGCAGUCUAGGAUAUUUGAUCCAGCUCCACCUGGGAAGAGGAAAGUGGUUGUGGCUACUAAUAUUGCCGAGGCAUCUCUGACCAUUGAAGGAAUAAUUUAUGUCAUUGAUCCUGGAUUUGCAAAACAAAAUGUUUACAACCCAAAGCUGGGGCUAGAAUCACUGGUCGUUACUCCUAUUUCACAAGCAUCAGCCAAGCAACGAGCUGGACGUGCUGGGCGCACAAAAUGGGGAUAUUGUUACCGUCUCUACACUGAGAGUGCAUACCGAAACGAGAUGCCUCCUACUACAAUGCCCGAAAUCCAGAGGACAAAUCUUGGGUCUACAGUGCUUGCAAUGAAAGCAAUGGGGAUACAUGAUCUCUUGUCUUUUGAUUUUAUGGAUCCCCCUUCACCGCAAUCACUCAUUUCAGCCAUGGAGCAACUGUACAGCUUAGGAGCAUUAGAUGACGAAGGUUUCCUAACCAGACUAGGAAGGAAAAUGUCUGAGUUUCCUCUUGAACCACCCCUAUCAAAGAUGCUACUCGCAAGUGUGGACCUCGGAUGCAGUGAUGAGAUCUUGACCAUCAUAGCAAUGAUCCAGACAGGCAAUGUCUUCUACAGGCCUAGGGAGAAACAAGACCGGGCUGAUCAGAAGAGAUCAAAGUUUUUCCAGCCAGAAGGAGACCAUCUUACUUUACUUACAGUCUACCAGGCUUGGAAAAGCAACAAUUAUUCAACACCAUGGUGUUUCGAAAACUUUGUUCAGUCUCGAUCCUUGAGGCGCGCACAGGAUGUCAGAAAACAACUCAUGAGCAUCAUGGAUAAGCACAAGCUGGAUGUUGUCAGUGCCGGAAACAAUUACACAAAGAUAACCAGAGCAAUUACGGCCGGCUUUUUCUUCCAUGUUGCUAGAAAGGAUCCACAGGAAGGUUACAAGACCCUAGUAGAGAACCAGCCAGUGUACAUCCACCCAAGCAGUGCUCUCUUUCAGAAGCAACCAGGUUGGGUCAUCUACAAUGAGCUCGUUAUGACUACCAAGGAGUACAUGCGCGAGGUGACAGCCAUUGAUCCCAAAUGGCUUGUGGAAUUGGCUCCCAGAUUCUUCAAAGCUGCAGAACCUAACAAGAUGACCAAGCGCAAGCGUCAACAACGUAUCGAACCCUUGUAUGACAAAUACAAUGAACCCAACUCUUGGCGUCUUAGCAGACGCCGUGGUUGA